AUCGCUGGCCCUAUCAAUGGAUGAAAUGCUCUGAACGCUUGUUCAUCUGUUUUUCUCACACAUCGAUUGCAAUCAAUAAUUAAUUGCCAAUUAAUCUGCGGUUGAAUUUGAAAAUUUUUAGCCCGUGAUUACACAUUCAUACCUAACCAUUCAUUCCCAGCCAUGAAUAACAUGAACGCAGCGUUUGGAGCGGCGAAAGCGGGCUCGGCUUUCGAUCCGAUCGGUUAUGUUAUGCGACCACAAGUUAUACUUCGAUUUAUAUGUUGGUUGUGUUCAGUGAUUGUGUUCGGGUGUAUAUCAGCGAAUGGAUGGGUGCCUAAAGAGGGCUCUAAACAGGGAUUAGAAUUGUGUUCAGUGAUUGUGUUCGGGUGUAUAUCAGCGAAUGGAUGGGUGCCUAAAGAGGGCUCUAAACAGGGAUUAGAAGUUUGUUUGUAUAACAAGGAUAACAACGCGUGUCGGUUGGGCUCCGGUCUCGGACUCAUCGGCUUUUUGGCAGCGAUUGCAUUCCUCAUACUUGAGGGCGUCUUUCAAAACCUGUCGAGCAUUAAAAUCCGGCGCCGAGUCGUCGCUUUCGAUUUGGGUUUCUCUGGACUUUGGGCAGUGCUUUACUUAAUAUGUUUCGCAUAUCUGGGCAUCGCUUGGGCCAACUCAGAGAAGCCUCCCUUCGGCAAUGGGAUUAAUAGCUGCAGAGCUGCCAUCGCUUUCUCAUUCUUCUCGAUCGCUUCGUGGGCGGGCUGUGCCUACUUCGCGCACAUACGCUGGAACACCGGCACCGAUAUGAGUCAAUUUGCCACCGGAUACGAGAACGAGGACAUAGUUCCCGGCGCCGGAUACUCGGCCUACGCCGGGGCCACCGAUCAGGAGCCCACUUAUCAGGAAAAUCCAUUUACUAAUGUGCCGCCCGAUCAGAUG